UCAAAAAUGGCGGGAAAAAGGUAAACAAACCACCACCGAGGAGUCAAGAGAGAGGAGAACAACACACUUUACAAUCCCUGGCAUUUACAGUAUAUAUUCAGACGUGACAAUACCAUCACCUGGACCUAAACUACGAUAACAACGCUCCGGGCCAGUCAGACACAGUAGUGAGGGUCAGGCUGCUGCUCAGGAGGGUCAGGCGUAGGAGGCAUGAGGACCCCAAACAAACCCCCACAUUCAAGUUCACCGUCAAGGUCAUUUCUAUCUGGACGGAAAGCUUUGGUGCAAAUAGCAGUUAGCAAGGUGCAGAAGCCCACCGAACAGGACCUGGAAAGUAAACUGCAGAAAAACAUCGCUAAAUACAGGGGUGAAAAGACCGAGGAAAGCAAGGAAAACAGCAUAGGACACAAAAAAUCCAAAGCUCAUAAUUCAGACCUGGACGUGAGAGAGGAAAGCUCAGAGUCGAGUCAGUCAGAGAAGAGGAACGCCGCUAGCUCAAAGGACUCUGGGAAGAAGAAAUUAGAACCACUCUCAGCUGAAGGCAUCGCUGACUGUAUAAACAAGAUGCUGAACGAAGAGAUGGGCGACGAAGUUAAUGACAGCGAAAAUCCUGACAUGAAAUUAGACGCCACUUCAAAAGGCACAAAAAACAUGAAGAAUAACGCUAAAAAGAGAAAGAUAUCUGAGGGGAGUGAUUCUGACAGCGACUUCAAGCCUCUGACGAAGGGAAAGAAUGAAUCGAACGAGGACUCUGAUUCUAGCUUAACGGCACAAAGAGAGAAACUAUCCAACGGGAAAAAGAUGAAGGAUAUAGAGGAAGGGAAGUCUGAUUCUGAAGAUGAGAAAGAAACAAAGACCGCUCAAGUGAAAAGGGAGAAGAAGAGGCAGAAAAAGGCAUCAAUGGAGUCUGAUUCUAAUAGUGAUUCUGAGCUCCUACCUAAGAAAGAGAAGAGUCUGUUAAAAAUCAAUAAGAAAAACGAAUCUGAUGAAAGGGUUUCCGAUCACGUAUCUGAACCCAAGGCAAAGAAGGAAUCCGUGGGGAGCGAUUCUGAUGGUAACGAUGAACCUCUCUCAAUGAUUGUAAACCAGGUCAAAAAGGGAUCAAAUGCCACUGAUUCUGACUCUCAAUCACCGAAGAAGAGGAUCACCCAGAAGAGGAAGAAAGGAGGGAGUCUUAAGGAGAGUGACGACAGUGAUUCUGAACCUCUGUUGCUGACCCAGACCAAGAAGACGAAAUUGAGCAGAGGGGAUUCUGAACCUCUAUCGGAAGGAACAAAAUCCCAAAUUAAUGAAAAUGAUAGUGAUGAUGGUGAUGAAAAGAAAAUUAGUUCACCAAGUAAGAUAGUUAAAGAAGAUAGGAAAGUUUUGAGUGAUUCUGAGAGCGAUUCUGAGCCCCCUAAGAAGAAGAAUCAGGUCGUGGCGAAAAAGAGAGGUGGCGGUGAUUCUCGCAGUGUUACCAAGGCCCAAGCAAAAAAAGGAAGAAAGAAACAAGAAUCUGAUGAUGACUCGGACAGUGAUUCUAAGCCCUUGGUGAAGAAAAAAGGUCAGACUAAGAAGAAGGAGUCAGAUGAUAGUGAUUCUGACAGUGAUUCUAAACCCUUGACGAAGAAAAAAGGUCAGGCAAAGAAGAAGGAGUCAGAUAAUAGUGAUUCUGACAGUGAUUCUAAGCCCUUGGUGAAGAAAAAAGGUCAGGCAAAGAAGAAGGAGUCAGAUAAUAGUGAUUCUGACAGUGAUUCUAAACCCUUGACGAAGAAAAAAGGUCAAACAAAGAAAAAGGAGGCAGAUGAUAGUGAUUCUGACAGUGAUUCUAAGCCCUUGGUGAAGAAAAAAGGUCAGGCAAAGAAGAAGGAGUCAGAUGAUAGUGAUUCUAAGCCCUUGGUGAAGAAAAAAGGUCAGGCAAAGAAGGAGUCAGAUGAUAGUGAUUCUGACAGUGAUUCUAAACCCUUGGUGAAGAAAAAAGGUCAGGCAAAGAAGGAGUCAGAUGAUAGUGAUUCUGACAGUGAUUUUAAACCCUUGGGAAAAAAUAAACAAGACUCAGAUGAUAGUGAUUCUGACAGUGAUUCUAAACCCCUGAAGAAGAAAAGAAGCCCACCUAAAAGGAAACCCUUGGCAAAAAAGAAACAAGACUCAAAUGAUAGUGAUUCUGACAGUGAUUAUAAACCCCUAAAGAAGCAAAGCCCAUCUAAAAGGAAACCCUUGGUAAAGAAUAAACAAGACUCAAAUGAUAGUGAUUCUGACAGUGAUUCUAAACCCCUGAAGAAGAAAAGCCCAUCUAAAAGGAAACCCUUGGCAAAAAAGAAACAAGACUCAAAUGAUAGUGAUUCUGACAGUGAUUUUAAACCCUUGGGAAAAAAUAAACAAGACUCAAAUUAUAGUGAUUCUGACAGUGAUUCUAAACCCCUGAAGAAGAAAAGCCCAUCUAAAAGGAAACCCUUGGCAAAAAAUAAACAAGACUCAAAUGAUAGUGAUUCUGACAGUGAUUAUAAACCCCUAAAGAAGCAAAGAAGCCCACCUAAAAGGAAACAAGAAUCUGAUUUUAAACCCUUGGCAAAGAAGAAAGGAAAUCAAGCAAAAAAGAAACAAGACUCAGAUGAUAGUGAUUCUGACAGUGAUUCUAAACCCCUGAAGAAGAAAAGAAGCCCACCUAAAAGGAAACAAGAAUCUGAUGAUGACUCUGACAGUGAUUCUAAACCCUUAAUGAAGAAAAAUGAUCAAAAACAGAAAGAAGACUCAGAUGAUAGUGAUUCUGACCAUGAUUCUAAGCCCGUGAUGAAGAAAAAAGCUCAGACGAAGAAAAAGGGGUCAGAUGAUAGUGAUUCUAAACCCCUGGCAAAGAAGAAAGCUCAGACUAAGAAAAAGGAGGCAGAUGAUAGUGAUUCUGACAGUGAUUCUAAGCCUUUGGUGAAGAAAAAAGGUCAGACUAAGAAAAAGGAGGCAGAUGAUAAUGAUUCUGACAGUGAUUCUAAACCCUUGGCAAAGAAGAAAGCUCAGGCAAAGAAAAAGGAGGCAGCUGAUAGUGAUUCUGACAUUGAUUCUAAACCCUUGGUAAAGAAGAAGGGAAAUCAAGCAGAAAAGAAACGAGACUCAGAUGAUAGUGAUUCUGACAGUGAUUCUAAGCCCCUGAAGAAGAAAAGAAGCCCACCUAAAAGGAAACAAGAAUCUGAGGAUAACUCUGAUAGUGAUUCUAAACCCUUGGUGAAGAAGAAAGGUCAAACAAAGAAAAAGGACUCAGACGAUAGUGAUUCUGAGAGUGAUUCUAAACCCCUGACAAAGAAGAAGGGUCAAACAAAGAAAAAGGAGUCAGACAAUAGUGAUUCUGACAGUGAUUCUAAACCCUUGGUAAAGAAAAACGAUCAAAAAAAGAAAGAAGACUCAGAUGGUAGCGAUUCUGACGGUGAUUCUAAGCCCCUGGCGAAGAAAAAGGACUCCUCCAAACCAGACAAAGAAUCAGAUCCUGGGAGCUCUUCAGACGGCAGCGAUUCCAGUGACUCAAAACCCUUGAAGCCGAAAGUUGCACCCAAGCAGCAGAAGAAAGGAUCGAACACCAAGGAGAAAGGAAAGGGUUCGAAGGAGGCUAAAAGGAGUGCAUCAAAGGAGGAGGAGGAGGAAGGGGAUUCGGAUUCAGGCUCGGAUAGCUCCCCCGACUCCGACACGGAAGACACCGCGAGUACGAAAAAGGGCAAAGGGUCGAAGAAGCAGAAAGUGUCACCCGAGAGGAAGGAGAAGUCCAAGGGCAAGGAUCCUCUGGCCAGGAUGAAGAAGUACUUGCUCCUCAUAGGCAUCCACAACUGGCGGUUUGAUCCUGCUCUACAAAAGUGCUCCAGCAUCAAGAGGCAGAGGAAUCGAAUGCUGGAGAUCAUGCAAGAACACGGACUAAAAGGAAACCCCACGAUACAGAAGUGCAAAAAGCUGAAGAAAAAAAUAGAGCAGAAAAAGGAGGUUGCAGAACUGGACCUGAGCAACAUCAUCGCGGAUUCUGGACGAGGCCGACGCAACACAUUCAGCCUCUACGCCAGGCAGCAGAAGUCCCCCGAGACGGACACGCUGCUCUCCCCGGCCAAACCCUCCAGAGCGAAGCCAAUCUCAGAGUCAGACUCGGAGUCAGCCUCGGAGUCAGCCUCGGAGUGAUCUCAACAUCAGUAAAGCCUCCAGUAGUAGUGAUGGUCCAGUACAGGGUUAGAGGAGAGGUGAGGAGAGGGGAUACAUGCUCACAAUGCUAAAUACAAGUAAACACACAGCCUAGCAAAUCUUGUAAUUGGACCUCAUGUUUAGUCAUUCCGUUUUAUCGUCCUGUAUCCAGAACCAUGACGUAUCCAGUACAAUGCCUGAUGCUAUGGGGCAAGACAGCAUCAGUAAAGUCUCCAGAACGAGAGAUAAGUUUGGUAUGAGUUAGAGGAGAGGUGAAGAGAGAGGAUAUAUGCUCUCAAGGUUAGAUACAAGUAAACACACAGCCUAGCAGAUCUUGAAGUACAAUGCCUGAUGCUAUGGGCCAAGACAGCAUCAGUAAAGCCUCCAGUACUAGGGAUAAGUGCGGUGCAGCAUUAGAGGAGAGGUGAGGAGAGAGGAUCCAUGUUCUCAAGGCUAGGUACCAGUAAACACAGCCCUGCAAAUGUUGGUUCAAGUGGUACAAGUUCAAGUGCAAAUGUUGGCGUUCAUAACCCAUAGUAUAUAUUGAUAAUUUUUGAUAUCUCUUCACUAACAAAACCUCCUUAACUUUUUUAUUCCAAGGUCUCAUUAGGUUCAGUAGUGGUCAUUUUACUUUGUUUUCAGUGUUUAGAAUAUUGGUGUCCUCACAUUUUCUAGCAAUACAUAAUCCACAGUAUAUAUUUGGAUAAUCUUUGAUAUCUUCACUAACAAAACUUCCGUAACUUUUCAUCUGAGGUCUCGUUAGGUUCAGUAGUGGUCAUUUUACUUAUUUUUCAGUGUUUAGAAUAUUGGUGUCUGCAUAUUUUCAGUUUCUAGCAAUACAUAACCCACAGUAUAUAUUUGGAUUAUUUCUGAUACUAUUUACUUGCAAUAUUUCUUAACUUCUUUUUCCUGAGGUCUCAUUAGGUUCAGCGGUGCAUAUUUUACUUUUUUUUUUAGUAUAUAAUUUUUGUGUCACAUAUCUUCACAUUUUCUAGCAAUAUAUAAUCCACUGUAUAUAUUUGAAUAAUUUUUGAUACUCUUUACUAACAAAACUUCCGUAACUUUUUUUUUCUGAGGCCUCAUUAGGUUCAGUACUGCUCAUUUUACUUAUUUUUUGGUGUAUAGAAUAUUGGUGUCUUCAUAUCUUCACAUUUUCUUGCAACACAUAACCCACUGUAUGUAUAUUGAUCAUUUUUGAUAUCUUAACCAACAUAAUUUCCUUAACUUUCUUUCUGUUGUCUCUCAUUAGGUUCCGUGGUGCAUAUUUUACUUGUUCAUUGUGUAGAUAUAAUUUAGUGUCUUCAGAAAGUUGAGGGUAUUUACGUUUACACGAGCCGCCCACCCUUUGUAGGCCUAUAGUACAUUACGUAAAGCUCUGAAUAGGAAAAUUUACUCAGUGGUUAUGAGAAUGAAUGGUGCGAGGUGUAAACUUCCAUUCAUCGGGGCGUCACAAAAAAGCAAACUAUGGUAAAUAUAUGUACAAAAGAGUAGGCUAAAGGUCCUCAUAUCCACCACAUUGACCCUUGAGCUUAUGGCAGUAAGUAACCCAUUACCCUGAGGCACAAGGUCCAUCUAUCAGCCCUCACAAAAUAGCAAACUAUGAUAGAUAUAUGUACAAAGGAGUAGGAUAAAGGUGCUUAUAUUCAUCAUAUUGGCCCUUGAACUUGUGGCAAUAAAUAACCCACUACCCUGAGGCACAAGAUCUAUCCUUCGGGCAUUUGUAGAAUAGCAAAUUAUGGUAGGGAUUUGUACAGAAAAGUAAGAUAGAGGUGCUGUGUGUGGACUGUCAUAUCCAUCACAUUGUCCUUUGAGCUUGUGGCAAUAAAUAUCCCACUAUCCCGAGGCACAAGAUGCAUCCAUCGGGCCCUCGUGAAAUAGCAGAAUAUGGUAGAUAUGUGUACAAAAGAGUAGGGUGACAGUGGAGUCUUGGACAUGCCUCAAAGGUGCAUGUGGUGUGUCCUCCUUUCUGCCACAGGUAUUUCUUCUGUAUGUGCAUAAGAGAACCAUUGCGCUGGUUUACUUUCUUUAUCCUCGUGUAACUCUGGCUUGUGGUUUCUGGCAAGUGUUACCGUACCUUUUUUCUCUGUCACAAAGGAGCAAAAAUUACAUAUGAAAUUUAUGUUAACUCGGAUAAUUAUACUCGAUGAUAAUUUUAGACAUAUAUUAGAAACAAAGUUCAAAAGGAUAUCAGAGUUAUCUCUAGUGUAAGUACAAACCUUAUGGCCAUCAUUUCUAUUAUAGAUCCUAUAAUAAAUGAUUUAUAUCGUGUCAA